AGUGUAAAUAAAUUAUUUCACUAAUGGGAGCUAAUUGUGAUCCCAUAAUUCUCCAUACAUGCCCCAACCAUAAAUUCACUGCUGAUUUAAAAUCCCCGAGAUUAGACUAAAUCAAUAAACACAAUUAAAUAAAUACUACGUGUACAGUUUUUUUAUUUGGCAAAAUAACGCAUCAUCGUCUAACCUUGUAAUUCAGUCCAAUAAUAUUUUGAUAUGAAGAUUUCAUUAAUUGAUUUAUAGCUUAUAUGAAACAACUAUGUGGAAAAACAAUCAAUUUAUGGAACUUUUGAUAAGAAUAAAGACAAUGAGGACACGGAGUCACGUAACAUCAUGGGGAUGUUUAGUUCUUGUGUGUUUGUUUCUUUUCAUCUGCUGGAUUAACAUGGUAAUCAAGCCACAUACAGGUCAAAUAAUAAAAGCGAGCAUCGAUGUUGAUAUUGGAUGCUGGAAUAAAGACUUCAGGAAGAUUAUUGGAAAAAAGUUUUUCCGCUGUCGUAAAGGUGUUACACCAUGGACUAGAGAUGAUGUCAUAAAGGAGUUAGAAGUAUUCAGAGAUGUUUAUGAUAAGCGUCCUGAGCAGAAUGUGUUUGGUACUGAAAUCAUGCAGCAGUUCACACUAUGGAUGAUUAUACGCCAACUUAACCCAUUGUACAUUAUUGAAAGUGGAGUGAACUUUGGACUCGGGACAUGGAUGUUAAGGCAGGCAGCCCCUCUUGCCAGACUCAUAAUGAUCGAUCCCCGUGAGACUGAUAGACUCCGUUAUAAAGACCUCAUGUAUAAUAGUGUCUACCUUCACGGAAUAUCACAUUUUAAAGAUUUCUCCCAGGUUAACUGGACUAAUUACAUCAACAACAGAGAGAAGACUCUAGUGUUCUUUGAUGACCAUCAGUCACAUUAUAAACGCCUUAAACAAGCCAAAGAUCUCGGUUUCAAACAUUUGGUAUUUGAUGACAAUGGCCACCCAACGAAGGGUGACGUGUAUUCUAUAAACCAUGCAUGUGAUGCUGGACGCUGUAUCACAGAUAGGAUAGCACCACAGUCUAAACAUACAAUUGUGAAGGACAACUUUGGUACAGCUGAAGAAGCCAUAACUGCUGAUGAUGCAUUAGAGAUGGCUCAGUACAUUCAUGACUCCAUUGAAAUAUACUAUCAGUUCCCUCCAUUGUGGCAUAUAUUCGACACAACCAGAGUACAAUAUUUGCUGCCACAUAAGAUAUCCUACAAGAUCAAUCCUAUCCCUUUGAUGAACUUGAAGCAGGCAAAGCUGUACCAGAAAAACUUUACUCAGAAACUAAACAUUGAUGAUUUAACUUCAUAUACAAAUAUGUGCUAUGUUAAAUUGAAAUAGAUAUUUGGAAAUGAAAUACUGUGAAAUCGGUUUAACCAGUAUUUGAACAUCUUUUAUAUUGAGAUAAUGGGCACUGUUCAUGUUUUAACAUCAAAUACUCAUUCAAUGACAUUCAGAAAUACUCAUUCAAUGACACAUAGUGCCAACAAUAAACUCCACAUUGCCUGCUUAAAUCAGCAUGGGGUAUAUUUGAACGCUUUUUAACACUUUUUAGCAGAUUUUAAUUAAGAGUUUUACUUUGUAGCUAGGCUUUUAAGGGUCAAUUAAACUUUUUAAAUAUACCAAUGGAAGCACAUAGUGUUCUGUAUGAUGUUUAUAUAAGUGUGCCUAUAUAAGCAGGUAAAUGUAAAUCUCUAUUUAGAAUGGGAUCAAUUGUACCUUUUUAUAUUAAAAAGCUUUAAUGUAUAAAUAUAUAAAUGUUAAUUUAAUCUGUGUUUACUCUCAUUUAUUGUUCAG